CAGAGUGUGUAGUGUGUGCCGUCUGUCAAUUAGAAGGGAAAUGAAGACACCUCACCUUUACUUUGUGAUUGCUUAAUGAAAAGUAAAAGUUACUUCUGCAAGCAAUUGUUUAUACAACAACAUAAGACUGUAUGCAAAUUAGAAAGGUUGAAAUAAAAACAAUAUGUCAGCCACCAGUCACAGGCAUCGUUACAAAAAUGCUGGCAUGGAUUCCUCCGAAAUGCGUAGACGACGCGAGGAAGAGGGCAUACAGCUGCGUAAACAAAAACGUGAACAACAGCUUACCAAACGACGUAAUGUGGUCUUGGAAAAUCCUUCCGAUGUUGGUAUGGAUAAUGAUUUCAUGCAGGAAUCUGAAAUGCAUCAACUUCCAAAUGAUAUGCAAACAAUUGAAGCCGGUUUAGAUUUAACAACCACACAUCAUAAUGAUCAACAACUAAUACCUCAGACGGUGCUCAAUCACCAACAACAACAAGAUCAACAGCAGACAACACAGCAACAGCAGCAAAACUAUGCCACACCAAUGUCCCAGCAGCAGCAGCAACAACAACAGCAUCCAACGGGGACAACAAUUAUCAAGAAAGAAAUGAUCGAUGCUUUGUAUAGUGAUAGCGAAAGUGUUCAAUUGGAAGCAACACAAAAGUUCCGUAAACUUUUAUCACGAGAUCCAAAUCCACCUAUUGAAGAAGUUAUACAAAGGGGUAUUGUACCAAGAUUUGUACAAUUUCUAAAGAACAAUAACAAUGCUUCACUGCAGUUUGAAGCAGCUUGGACAUUAACUAACAUUGCUUCCGGCACCUCACAACAAACCAAAAUUGUCAUAGAGGCAGGUGGUGUACCAAUAUUCAUAGAAUUGCUCUCCAGUCCCCAUGAUGAUGUCCAAGAACAGGCCGUAUGGGCUUUGGGUAAUAUUGCGGGUGAUUCUCCGGCAUGUCGAGAUCAUUUAUUGAAUUCUGGUAUUAUGCAGCCAUUGUUGCACGUUUUAAGCACCACCGAACGUUUAACCAUGAUACGUAACGCGGUAUGGACUCUAUCGAACUUGUGUCGCGGCAAAAAUCCUCCAGCUGACUUUUCCAAAGUUGUCCACGGCCUACCCAUAUUGGCUAGAUUGCUCAAUCACACCGAUACAGAUGUUUUAAGUGAUACUUGCUGGGCCAUUAGCUAUUUGUCCGAUGGUCCAAAUGAUAAGAUACAAGCUGUCAUCGAUGCUGGUGUUUGUCGGCGUUUGGUGGAGCUAUUAAUGCAUCCCCAAAAUAAUGUUGUCACCGCCGCCCUUAGGGCUGUGGGCAAUAUUGUGACCGGCGACGAUGUUCAAACUCAAGUCAUUUUAAAUUGCAAUGCAUUGCCCUGUAUUAGUCAUUUAUUGAACUCACCCCUGGAUACGAUUAAAAAAGAAGCUUGCUGGACGAUCUCAAAUAUUGCCGCCGGCAAUCGCCAACAGAUCCAGGCAUUAAUUGAUGCAAAUAUUUUCCCAAUGUUGGUGGAUGUUAUGAUAAAACCGCACGACUAUAAGACACGAAAAGAGGCAGCAUGGGCUUUGACAAAUGCCACCAGCAGUGGUACGGCAGAACAAAUAAGAUAUUUGGUCCACAUUGGCUGUCUUGAACCCAUGGUCUCUUGUCUGACUUUGCUCGAUUCGGACAUGGUGCAAGUAGCUUUAAAUGCCCUGGAAAAUAUACUUAAAGCUGGUGAGAAAUUCCCUGAAAGACCAAAUCCCUAUGCCAUGAUCAUUGAGGAAUAUGGAGGUUUGGACAGAAUAGAAUAUUUGCAGUCGCACGAAAAUCGCGAUAUCUAUCACAAAUGUUUCAAUAUCAUUGAACAAUAUUUCUCCAAUGACGAAGAGGUGGAACGAGUGGCGCCAUCCGCCGAUGGCAAUCAGUAUGCGUUUAAUACGGAUCUGGGUGCACCACAGGGAGGUUUCAAUUUUUAGCCUUGUUUAGAGACACGAGAACAACAGCAACAACCUCAUAAACUCAAACUGGAUACUAUGGUGAUGACAAUGUUAAUGAUCGUAAUGAUGAAAACGAUGAUGAUGAUGAAGAUGGUGAUGAUGAAAACGAAAAGCAUAACAGCAACAACAACAAAAGCCCUAAUUUAAGUUUAGUUAGAGUGUAGCUUACUAAUAAGGGAUACAAAACAAAGAUGAUGAUGAUGAUAAAGAAAUAGCAUCCUGACACUUUCAAAUAUUGCAUGAAGAAGACCCAUUUAAAAUGAGGCGGCAAUAUUUAUUUUCCUAUUCCAUUUAACAAACAAAUUUAUUUAACUAAUUUCUCAAUUAAAUAGAAGGGACAGGCAUGGAAAAGGAUUGGAUGGGCCAUCAAGGGUCCCCAUAAAAUCAAUUAUUGAAAUCCUUGCUCCAUGGUUUUGUAUUUAUGUGAACGUUAUACAAAAUAGCUCCAAGUGUCGUUCGUAAUGACUUCUUGAUUUGUCUUGCAUGUGGAACAUCGGUAUGAGGUAGUAUAAAAUUAUCUUUCUGAUCAGACCCCGCCCCGCCCCCACGAAGCAAAACGUACAUUAGAGGCAAACAUAGAGGAAUAAAAAAACAACUUCCUAACAACCUAAAAUUAGAAAAACAUUCUGAAAGUUACUACUAUUUGCAUGUCUAAUAUCCUCCCCCAAACUUGGGUUUUUUUACUUUAAAAGUACUUCUUUCUUGCUUUUGUUAUACUUUUGCUACCAACACAACACUAUACUGCAGAUUUUUAUCUUAUUACAUUUAUUCAUUUAUUUUUCAUUAUCAUUUUUCUUUCCUUCCCUCUAUCCCUCGAGUAAUAAGAGAUUUGUUUUCAUUUUGAAUAUCCAAAAAAAGCAUCUCUCCUAUGUAAUAUGUACAUAUAUAUUUUUAUUAUUAUAAUAAUGAUAUUAUUUAACACAAAACAAAUGUUUAACAAAAGAAAAACAAAAACAUGUUUAUAAUAAUUUUUAGUUUACAUUGAAAAAAAAAGAAAGAAAAAACUGUGUUAUUUUUUAAUUUUUUGUUUAAUCUUAUUUCUUUAUUUUCUUCCUUUUGUUUUCUUUGCUUUGAUUUAUUUGCCUUGCCUUUCAAUUUUUUUUGCUUUUUUUUUCAUUUUUAAAGCAUUUCGAAAAAUCGAAACUCAUUAACAACAAAUUCAUAAUAAAGAAUUACAAGUCUCAAAAAAUCCAAAA